AUGAUUGUGGAUUUAUAUAUAUCAUCAACCUCAGGCAACACAAACGUCAAAAGCAGACAACAGUAUAUAAUAAACAGACUCACUGCUGCGAAAAUACCCUUCGAAGUUAAAGAUAUAUCCUCCUCAGAGACGGACAAACAGUUCAUGUGUAAGAUCCUCAAAGAAAAUGGAAAAACACCAAUUGCCCCUCAACUAUUUCUCGGAUCAGAAUAUCUGGGGGUAUGCUCAAGCCGGUCUUUCUGUGUGCCUUUUCAUUUUUUUUACUAAAAGUCUAUCAUCAUAUUUUGAAGUUAAAAGAAAUCCAUCUACAUACUUUGUUCACAUUGCUACUUUUAUAGUAGCCACAUAUUAGGACACUUCGAGGCAGUUUGGAGAUGGUUCAGAAAGCUUCGGAAAUCGGACAUAUUAACCAAGUUACAUAAUACAGAUUGUUAGCUGAAAACUAGAUUUCACUUUCUUCUAACUACAACGCCAACUUCUACUCCUUUGUUUUUGAAAUCGACUUUCACUCUUUGUCAGGGAUCUGUAGAUCUGACAUGACUCGGGAGAUGCAAAAUACUUAAAUGAAAUCUGUAAAACAAAAGAAGUGUUUGUUUUGCUUCCACAAUAAAUUGUUUUACGUUAAUUAAUGUCUAUGAAUUCUUAUCUGUAUUAGUACUGGCUAUCGAGUGUCAUUUGUCGACACUGGAAGUGUGUUGUAUGGGCUGAGAAACCAACAUCCCACCAUACAUUAUCCAAGAUUUUAUGAUAUCUCUUUCAAAACUAUCAUAUAUUGGAAUAUUUUAAUUUAACUGAGAUUCUGG